CCCGGCUCGGCGCGCGGCGGCUCUGGGCCUGCGCGCGCCGGAGUCAGGGGUCACGGCUGCUUACGCUGUGGCGGGAAACGCUGUUUGAAGCGGGAUGGAUGGCAAGUGGCAGUCAGGCCUGGGUCCUGGGGUGCCCCCGAAGCGGGCCCGUAGGGGACUGUGGGAUGAGGAGGAGGCGCCUCCACCAUCCCAGUUUGAAGAGGACCUGGCACUGCUGGAGGCAGAACAGCGGCUGCGCGAGCAGGAGGAGGAGGAGCUGCAGCUGGCCCUAGAGGGGGCCGCGGGUGGGCAAUUCUCUGAAGCCAUAGAUUCCCGCUGGGUGCGGCCUGCCCCACCUCCCCUGGACCCUCAAACAGAGCCCCUCAUCUUCCAGCAACUGGAGAUUGACCAUUAUGUGGGCCCAGCGCGUCCCCUGCCAGGGCGGCCUGUGCCGCCCCGUGGUACUGUGCCAGUGCUCCGCGCCUUUGGGGUCACGGAUGAGGGCUUCUCUGUCUGCUGCCAUGUCCACGGCUUCGCACCCUACUUCUACACCCCAGCACCCCCUGGUUUUGGAGCCGAGCACCUGGGCGACCUACAGAAGGAGCUGAAUGCAGCCAUCAGCCGGGACCAGCGCGGGGGCAAGGAGCUCACAGGGCCUGCCGUGCUGGCCGUGGAGCUGUGUUCUCGAGAAAGCAUGUUCGGGUACCAUGGCCACGGCCCAUCUCCAUUCCUGCGCAUCACCUUGGCGCUGCCCCGCCUUGUGGCUCCUGCCCGUCGCCUUCUGGAACAGGGCAUCCGGGUGGCAGGCCUCGGCACCCCCAGCUUUGUGCCCUAUGAGGCCAACGUGGACUUUGAGAUCCGGUUCAUGGUGGAUGCGGACAUCGUUGGCUGCAACUGGCUGGAACUCCCAGCUGGGAAAUACGUCCUGAGGCCAGAGGAGAAGGUUACACUGUGUCAGCUGGAGGCAGAUGUGCUGUGGUCAGAUGUGGUCAGUCACCCCCCAGAAGGGCCAUGGCAGCGCAUUGCACCCCUGCGUGUGCUCAGCUUUGACAUUGAGUGUGCUGGUCGCAAAGGCAUCUUCCCUGAGCCUGAGCGGGACCCCGUGAUCCAGAUUUGCUCUCUGGGCCUGCGCUGGGGUGAGCCAGAGCCCUUCCUGCGUCUGGCGCUCACCCUGCGGCCCUGUGCUCCUAUCCUGGGUGCCAAGGUGCAGAGCUACGAGCAGGAAGAGGAGCUUCUCCAGGCCUGGUCUGCAUUUGUCCGUGCCGUGGACCCCGAUGUAAUCACCGGCUACAACAUUCAGAACUUCGACCUCCCCUACCUCAUCUCCCGGGCCCAAACCCUCAAGGUGCAGGCCUUCCCUUUCCUGGGCCGUGUGGCUGGACUCCGCUCCAACAUCCGGGACUCAUCAUUCCAGUCAAAGCAGAUGGGCCGGCGAGAGAGCAAGGUGGUCAGCAUGGUGGGCCGUGUGCAGAUGGACAUGCUGCAGGUGCUGCUUCGGGAGUAUAAGCUCCGCUCUUACACACUCAAUGCCGUGAGCUUCCACUUCCUGGGUGAGCAGAAGGAGGAUGUGCAGCACAGCAUCAUCACCGACCUACAGAACGGGAAUGACCAGACCCGCCGCCGCCUGGCCGUCUACUGCCUCAAGGACGCCUUCCUGCCUCUGCGGCUGCUCGAGCGGCUCAUGGUGCUGGUGAACACUGUGGAGAUGGCAAGAGUCACCGGUGUGCCCCUCAGUUACCUGCUUAGCCGUGGCCAGCAGGUCAAGGUCGUGUCCCAGCUGCUGCGGCAGGCCAUGCGUGAGGGGCUGCUGAUGCCCGUGGUGAAAACGGAGGGCGGCGAGGACUACACGGGAGCCACAGUCAUCGAGCCCCUCAAAGGGUACUACGAUGUUCCCAUCGCUACGCUGGACUUCUCCUCACUGUACCCGUCCAUUAUGAUGGCCCACAACCUGUGCUACACCACGCUUCUGCGGCCCGGGGCUGCCCAGAAACUGGGCCUGACCGCAGACCAGUUCAUCAGGACACCCACCGGGGACGAGUUUGUGAAGACAUCUGUGCGCAAGGGGCUGUUGCCUCAGAUCCUGGAGAACCUGCUCAGUGCCCGGAAGAGGGCCAAGGCAGAGUUGGCCCAGGAGACAGAUCCCCUGCGGCGGCAGGUCCUUGAUGGGCGGCAGCUGGCGCUGAAGGUGAGCGCCAACUCCGUAUAUGGCUUCACCGGUGCCCAGGUGGGCAAGCUACCAUGCUUGGAGAUCUCACAGAGUGUCACUGGAUUUGGGCGUCAGAUGAUUGAGAAAACCAAGCAACUGGUUGAGUCCAAGUACACGGUGGAGAAUGGUUACAGUUCAGAUGCCAAGGUGGUGUAUGGUGACACUGACUCAGUCAUGUGCCGGUUUGGUGUCUCCUCUGUGGCUGAGGCGAUGGCCCUGGGACGGGAGGCUGCAAACUGGGUAUCCGGUCACUUCCCACCACCCAUCCGGCUCGAGUUUGAGAAGGUCUACUUCCCCUACCUGCUUAUCAGCAAGAAGCGCUAUGCUGGCCUGCUCUUCUCUUCCCGCCCAGAUGCCCAUGACCGCAUGGACUGCAAGGGCCUGGAGGCUGUGCGCAGGGACAACUGCCCCCUCGUGGCCAACCUGGUCACUGCCUCAUUGCGCCGCUUGCUUGUGGACAGAGACCCCGAGGGCGCUGUGGCCCACGCGAAGGACGUCAUCUCAGACCUGCUGUGUAACCGCAUCGACAUCUCCCAGUUGGUCAUCACCAAGGAGCUGACCCGCGCCGCAGCCGACUACGCUGGCAAGCAGGCCCACGUGGAGCUGGCUGAGAGGAUGAGGAAGCGCGACCCCGGGAGUGCACCCAGCCUGGGCGACCGUGUCCCCUACGUGAUCAUCGGAGCUGCCAAGGGCGUGGCUGCCUACAUGAAGUCCGAGGACCCCCUCUUCGUGCUGGAGCACAGCCUGCCCAUCGACACGCAGUACUACCUGGAGCAGCAGCUGGCCAAGCCCCUCCUGCGCAUCUUUGAGCCCAUCCUGGGCGAGGGCCGCGCAGAGGCCGUGCUACUGCGGGGUGACCACACGCGCUGCAAGACGGUGCUCACGGGCAAGGUGGGUGGGCUCCUGGCCUUCGCCCAGCGCCGCAGCUGCUGCAUCGGCUGCCGCACGGUGCUCAACCACCAGGGAGCCGUGUGCAAAUUCUGCCAAUCCAGGGAGUCAGAGCUGUAUCAGAAAGAGGUGUCCCACCUGAACGCUCUGGAGGAGCGCUUCUCCCGCCUCUGGACCCAGUGCCAGCGCUGUCAGGGCAGCCUGCACGAGGACGUCAUCUGCACCAGCCGGGACUGCCCCAUCUUCUACAUGCGCAAGAAGGUGCGGAAGGACUUGGAGGAUCAGGAGCAGCUGCUGCGGCGCUUUGGCCCCCCUGGCCCUGAGGUCUGGUGACCUGGAGGCCCCCCGCGGGGCGUUAAUAAAAUUAAGGCCUUUUCCUA